CAUGCGUGAAGGAAAACUUGAGUGUAUGAUUGCAGAAUCGAUUAUUUAUCGGGUUAAAUAUAAAACAGACAGAAUACAAACUGUGCAAGAAUAUGAUAUAUUCAACGAGUUAAAAAAAAGUAUUUCAAGAUCAGAGAAAUUAUCCCGCCCAGGUAUCAAUUGCACGUUAUGUGCUCUCCAUAUGAGCUACCUCUAGCCAAUUCUAUAAUGCGAUCGGAAAUGGACGUUGAAUGACUUCAGGCAAUUAUACAUUUCGCAUUCCAACGAUCCACAAAAUUCACGUACGCUUCUAAAAGUUAUCAUUAUGUCUGCAGAUAUUUACAGAAACUGACGCAUACCCUAUUUGAGCGCUGUCCUAAUUAGGCAAAUUUACCUAUGCAAAGAUACGGUUGGAAUAUUUUGUAUAGAUAAAACUGCAUAAUUAGAGGCAGUCUCGAAACAAUUAUAUAAAGCGAGUUUUAAGUCCAACAUUCAGUUUUUCCUUCAGUCGAAGCACAUAAAGGUCGUAUGGUGUGAUGCUUAUCUUUGCUGGCAUUAAUUGGGAUGGAGGGAUACCGAGGGGAUAAAUCGAGAUGCUUUGGGAACUACGGCGGGAGUACCUCAUAUUGUUUAACUGUUAAUCCUUUGAUUUCUCACCCCCCUAAACCUGAAGCCAAGAAGCUGUUCUCAAAUCCCGACAUUGCAGGAUAAUCUAGUACACGAUGGGUGAUGCUCCAGCAGAGGGUGCACCGCCACCAGAGGCUGCACCACCAGCAGAAGGUGCACCGCCAGCAGAGGGAGGAGCUCCGCCGGAAGCUGCUGCUGCACCUCCGGCUGGACCACCGACGUUGAACAUUGAUCCACCAGCCGCUCAGGUACCUGCUGCGGGUGGACAAUCUGUGCACCAGGUCGCUAAUCCAAGUGGUGUUCGCUUGGCUUUCAAGGUAAAGUCAACGAACAAUAACGACUAUCGUCUAAAACCGGUGUACGGAUUCGUCGAGCCGGGGGCAACAGCUCCACUGGAAAUCACUCGUACAGCCGGACCACCAAAAGAAGACAAAUUUGUCAUCCAGUUCAAGGAAGCAGCUGCAGAUGCCGCUGACCCCGCUGCUAUUUUCAAGGAGGGACCACCAACCGGGGAAGUUACCUUGCCCAUUAUGGCUCAGUAAGUAUCCAACGUCUUUCUUGGAUAUCCUGGAUUGCAACCUGUCAUCGCUUACCUAUCAACAGAGGAUUAUUUCUUCUAAAAAUUGACUUGGGAUAAGUAUUCUUCAAUCCAUUGAAGUAAAUUUUUAACAACAAAUCAGUAUAUCCAUGCUUCAAUAUGCGGAUAAUGUGAAUUAUCUGUGUAACUUUCGCGCUUGCUCCGAUCUAUGCUGUCACCUGCUUUGUCGCCAUCUACACAUGUAAUAAAUGUAUUUAUGUGA